AUGGAUCUGUCGAAACUCUUGGCAGGCCUUUCGUGGGGUAACCCCCUGACAGGGGGAGGCAUGGGUGGGAUAAUUUCCUCGCACGCCAAUCCAGACGUGCCUCUGGCCUUUGAGCGUGCUUCCAGCACCUCAACUGAUGCCCCACCUGACGAAGCGUGGCAGAGCGAGUUGUCCAUGGCUAGCUUUGGUGGCGUUAGCCCCAGCAGCGAGGCCAACAUGUGGUCCAAGCUCGAAGAGGACAACGACAGCCUCCAGCCAGGAGCGAUGGAGGCGAUGAUGAAGGCGUUUCAAGCCUGCGACUACGUUUCUUCCGACCCCGCGAAAGCGGUGCAAAUGGCCGAGACUGCGCUGGAGAUCACGCAUGGCUGCCCCGAGGCCUUCAACGAAGCGUCGAGGCAGAUGCUGAAAGACCACGAGGCGCGGGUCAAGUUUCGCACGGGCAAGAUGUGGGACGACCUGCACCUGCGGCCCUUGUUCCGGGCCAUCCACGGACAGGCCAACACGCUGCGCAAGAUGGGCCGCUACCGCGAGGCCCUCGCGAAGUAUCUCCUGCUCGAGAAAGCCACGUACGCCAACUACCGGUACCACAUGCCGGCCGUGUACCUGGCCCUGGGCAACACCGAAGCCGCCUCGCGCUACCUCGCCAGGUGGGCCGAGCAGGGCUACUCCCUCAGCUCCACCAGUCUGUGCUGGCAUUUCACGCGCGCGCUGCUGGACUUCAAGAUGUCGGCGAGGCCGCGGGCCUGCGAGAUGGGCGAGUACAUUCGAUACGCGGGCGACGCGGGCAAGGCGUCGCUGAUCAAGGCCGUCCAGAACGCGCCGGCGGUGCUGCCCUACCUGGCGGGCCGCAAGGCGAUGCCCGGCGGCCGCCUGCCGCUGUCGCUCCUGUCCGCGGGCAGCCUGUGUGCGGCGGUGAGCUACGUGCGCGCCUACGGGGACCUCUGGCGGCAGACGCCCGGCGCCAUCGAAUGGGCGCAGAAGAACGCCAACACCUUCUUCGCCCUGCUGUUGUUCAGGGAGAAGGACCUCGACCAGGCUCUCGGCGAGGGAAACAAAGUGCUGGGCCUGAAGCGCGACGUGGCAUCGCUGCGGCGGCUGUGCUUCGAGAACGGGGGCAUCUACCCCAACGAGCGUAUCGACUUCAACGGCGCCACGCUCCUCAUGGAGGCCCUGCACACCCCGCACAUACCCCACAACCGCAAGGCGCCGUUCGUGCGCGUGCUGCUCGAGGCCGGCUGCGACCCGUCCCCGUGCGACACUGACGGUCUCAACGCGGUGCACAAGGCGUGCUAUUACGAAUUGGACACGGAGUGCCUCAAGGCGCUUCUCGAGACCGGCUUCGACGCCUGCGCCGACGACCCCAGCGCCCCCGUCCCUUCGCCCAUGCUCAUGACCCUCAACCAAGGCAAUUGGCGUUCGACUGAGAUCAUCCUGGCCAGCCUGCCCAAGGACUCGCCCUAUCUGCGGCAGGAGCACCUGUUCCGCUGGUACGGCGAGCUGGGCCGGUCGGGCGUCUACUUCUGCCUGCGUGGAGGCACCAAGUGCAGCCGCUGCCGCCAGGACCCCAUGCCGCACACCCGCGACCCAGACACCUUCGAGCGCGCCGUCGACGUGCUGCUCCGCUACGGGCUCAACCCCACCUUCGCCAUCGACCGCGAGAUGGCCAAGCACCCUUUGCAUCGAUAUGCAAAGGCGCAAGCGACGAGGCACAAGGCCAGCAGAGGAAACAAAGCCGCGCCGGCGACUGGCAAGCCUGCCGCGACCAUCAAGGCCACCGCUACGCCGGCGGGGAAGACGAAGGCGCGAACAGGAACUGCGACCGGUGCGGCGGCCGGUGCGGGCACCAACGACAAAAAGAAGCAGUCGUGCGCGCGGUGCGGCAAGACGGCCAACAAGGCGUGCGGUGGGUGCAAGCUCGUGUGGUACUGCUCGCGCGAGUGCCAGUCCGACCACUGGCAGCAGUCGCACAAGGCCGCCUGCUCCAAGGUCCACCUCAACCGCGCCCACUAA